AUGUUGAAUGAUUAUUGUAAAGAAGAAAGUCCUAUUAAAGACUCAUUGUAUGGUGAUCGUAAAUCAGAGGAAUAUCUUAAUUCUUUAUCUGGAGUAACUGGUAAUGAAUUAAAUCAUGAUAAUUCCAUUAACAUCGAUUCAAUUUCCGCAACUAACACCAAUAUUAAUGCUCAGAAUGAUGUCAAAUCCUUAUCAGUCAUCAGAUCUACUGGUUUCGGAAAUUACAUUAAUUCAAGUGCAUUUGGUAAUCUGAAUAAUUACUCAUCUGCGGCUGCUGCUGCCGCUUAUCACCGCUUAUCACGUUGUAAUACUAGCAGUAAUAAUAAUAAUGCAGACAAUCAACUUGAAUUAAUAGGACGUCAUAAUUAUACGAAUAAUCCAACUUCUUCCUCGUCAUCGUCAUUAACUCAUUCCUUUAUCACAUCAUGUGCAUCUCCAUCUAUUUCAGUACGAUCUAGUCUUCAAGAAUUUUAUCAGAAUCAGCAUCAUCAUCAUCAACAACAGCAACAGUCAAUUAUUAGACCACCAGUUCAAGAGUUAACAACACGUCGACUUUUAUCUGAAGCAGCUGCAACAGCCUAUGCACAUGGUCUAGGUCGAUGUGAUAGUCAAACUAUUGGUGGAUUACCUGUUUCAUCUAUGCUCCAAGAAGCCCAUUCAGAAAAUUUACGUAAUAAUCAAUUCAACCCAACUGGGUCAUCAUGUACUCAAAAUCAGUCUCGUCAUCAUUCAACUGGGAAUAAUCAGUACAAUACACAGUUAUCAGUACCAUCUAAUAAUCGAUUACUGAAUGAAUAUAUGUUUUCCAGUAAUAAUAAUUCAACUAGUGAAUAUUCGAAUACAAAUUAUACAGAACAUAAUCCCGGUGCUACAAAUGUGCUUGAUAGUAGCAUUAAUCCAUUUUACUCGUCUCAUUUACAUCAAACAACAAAUAUCAUGCAUAAUGCUUUAUCUAAAUCUAUAGAACAAUCUCAGUCAAAUAAUGCUAGUCAGUUAGUUCAUUCGAUUAAUGAAGUAUCUAAUUUAGCAGCAGCUGAAGCGGCAGCCGCUGCCGCUUAUGCAUACCAUCAAUAUCAACAACAAGCACAAGUUAUAAAUCGUCAACAUUCAAUCAUUUCACAACAACCACCAAGUGCACAUAUAAACUAUCAAAAUUUAUUUAAUCAAACUAAUCGUUCUUACAAUCAUCAUCAGCAUUCAGGACAAUUAAAUGAACAAUUAUCACAGAGAGGAGAUUUAACGUUAUAUAAUAAUACUACACAUUCAGAAAAAAAUGAUCCAAAAGCUGCUUAUUUAGCUGAAACUUAUCGAAAUGCUCAAAUUACACCAGGAAGAUUUUUAUUUUGA